AGAACAACUGCCACGCCUGCAGCCAGUCAUGGCCAUGGUACUGUCUGCCCUGGCAAAGCGCUUCCUGCGCCAAGCGCCCUGCAAGGCCAAAAUGCAGGAAGCUUGCCGUUCUGGAGUCCUUCUGCCAUGUGUGCUUACUGGCGUUGGGCUGCUGGCAUUCUACCGAACAAGACCGCAAGUGGCCUGCUCGGAGAAGAAGGUGGCCUUAGUUACCGGCAGCUCCUCGGGCAUUGGAAAGGCCAUUGCCGAGCGACUUGCCAAGGAGGGCUUCCAAGUGGUGGUCAACAGCCAUGCCUCAGUGCAACAGGGGCAAGCGGUGGCAACCUCCCUGGGAGCGACCUACAUCCAGGCAGACUGCAGCCAGCGCGAAGGCUGCGAAGCGUUGGUGGAGGAGGUAGUCCGACGUCACGGGCAGCUUGAUCUCUUGGUGUGUAAUGCCGGACUUGGGAAGGUCAUACCCCAUGACAAGCUGGAGCUGAUCGAUGAUGAGUAUUUGCACAAGAUUUUUGCCUUGAACUGCUUUGGCCCUCUCUGGCUUAGCCGUGCAGCCUUGCCUUACCUGCGGAAAGUGGACAAUGGCUCCAUCAUCAUGAUCGGCUCAGCAGCUGGCGGUAGACCCAUGGGAAGCAGCAUUCCCUACAGCAUGACGAGAGCAGCCAUGAACCAUUUGACAAAGUUGCUGGCCAAGAGUCAGGGGCCAGUCCGGGUGAACUGCGUUGCCCCUGGCCUGAUUGAGACGCGAAUCACAAAUGGCAGCGAGUGGGAUGGAGCUUAUGCAGCUGUUCGCGGCCUCACUCCGCUCAAAGCAGUCGGGCAGCCGGCAGACCUGCAGGAUGCCGUAGUAUGCUGUAUCAAGUCCAGGUACAUGACUGGCCAGACCAUAUACGUCGAUGGCGGCGCUUCAUUAGUCUUCUGAGCAGGGUGACUGGCGCUGUGCUGGCGCAAGAAAACUACGGGCCACAAGCAGAAGGGCAAAGUGGGACCUGUGGGAUGGCAGAAGCGACAGAAAUAGAGUGAGAGAGGGAGAGAAAGAGGGAAGGGCAAGCACUGCAUAAUAUCUUUGUCGUUUUUGCACUGGCAGCCUGAAGGCCCUUCCAUGGUGGCGACAAGCAGCCAACUGUCUGAAGCUUUGUCGGCCUUGACAGCCCCUUCCUUCCAGAUCUUUCCAGCAAGGUUGAGUUGAACAAGCUGAAAGCACAGCUUUUGGCAAUCUCGCAUGCCUGAGGUUGGCCCAGUGUGUUGCUGGGA